AGCAAGAUCAGAUCUUUUCCGAACGAAGUCUCCUCCUGUCGAAGCACUAAUUAUUGUACCAAAACACUUUUGGGGGGAGAACGAAUUUUGCAUGCCAGAACGUCAAGUUAUCUAUCAAUCAAUUAAACAUGGCUUCAAAAAUCGAAGUUCUUGAUUCUGAUCUCUUAGACCUUCCUCCGAGUUGCAUGGAAUUUUGGCCAAAUAAUCCUUCAUGGUUCGUCAUUGGAACUUAUGAGUUGGAUAAGGAGGAAGAAGAUUCAUGGGUACAUGUCAAGAAGUCUUCGAGUGAAGUCAUUGUGAAUACUGAACCAUUUCCACAAAAAGAAGGAAUGGUUUCCUCAGCUCCCUUGAGUUUAAUCGAUUAUUCUCAUCCUGAACAUAUUUUUGUUGAAGAGAAAAAGAUCAUCCCAAAUGAGUUGGAAGAUCAAUCAGAGCCUCCAUCAACUCUUCAAAAGAGGAAUGGAAGUUUAAUGCUAUACCAUCUCGAUGGUGGUUCCCUGUAAGCAUUGUUCAUAAGUUUAUAUCCUUCUUAUCACAUCUGAUAUGAGUAGGACCCUUUUUCAAUCACGCCCAUAUCCAUAUGGAGCAAUCUAUGAUCUACAUUUUUGUCCCACGGAUCAAGAUUACUUCGCAGUCUCCUCCAGUACAGGCAGGAUAUCCCUCUUCAAAAUAACGGCCGAUGAAAAUACUUCUCCCAAUCUCGAACAUAUUAAUACCUGGAAAGUAUUUGAUGAUUCAGUUCUGAUUACUUAUUUUGCAUGGUGUCCUUCAACAUCGAAAGAUGGUUCCCUAUCUUUAGCUGUAACGGCUUCGACUGGAGUUGUUCAAAUACUUAAUGUAACUGGAGCGAUAUAUGGUAAGAUACACGGUUCGGAUUUACGGUUGCGAAAGGAAGAACCAUCCGUAUCGUUGCAUUCUUUGAAAAUACCAUAUUCAGGCGAGGAACCUCAAUAUGCAUAUUGCUGUUAUUGGGCUUGUCACCCUUUCACAUCUUCCGAAAAGUUCCACGGGAUAUUUUCAGGAGGCGAUGAUUCGAAACUCCGAACUUGCAUUUUAGGAAAUUCUCGAAAUAGAGAUAAUCAUUUUGACUUGAAUUUGCAAACUUCGUACUCAGGGCAUGAAGCUGCUGUUAUUUCUAUUCUUCCAUUACCAUCGGGAGACAAGAGAUGGGUUCUCUUAACUGGCAGUUACGAUAAUAAAGUUCGAGUCAUCAAUAUGGGAUGGUCAUUUGGUCCGGUGUCACCUUAUGAACUUGCCAAAGAGGCACCAAUCGAUGUUGUAGCGGAUUUAGAUGUUGGAGGCGGAGCAUACCGUCUUGAAUUCCUUCACGAAUACCCUAGACAAACAGAAGACAACAAAGAUAUCUCCUUCAGGGUCCUGGCAUCAUGCAUGGAAGUUGGCGCUAAGAUUCUAGAAGUCCAGCGAAAGGAAGAUAUGUGGAAUAUUAAAGUCAUCGCAUCCAUCGAUAUUGACAUUCCUAAAUGGCCAAACCCAAACAAUAAAUCUCAACUAUGUUAUGCCAGCGCAGUACAACCUGGUAGAAAGGAUGGAGGUUUGGUGUUCGUCAGUUCUUAUUUUAAUAAGAGACGACUGAGCGGUACACCAAAAAGGGUACAACCUACUAUUACGAGUGGAGAUACGAUUUUUGUUAGUACCUGUUUUAAUAAGCGACAAUUGGGUGUUUAUAAAUUUGUGGAGGAUGAGGAGAAUGAAAUUGAAGAAAUUACGAAGGGAGUUGAGGGUCUUUGAGUAUUUCACUUGAGAAUGCGUACUUUUUAACGAUCAUAAAGCCAGAAAGUGAAUAUACUUAGGUUGUGAUAAGUUCUGCGUCAUCAUAAAUCAGUUGCGAUAUAUAUGAGAUAUAGAAUGAGGAACUGGAUGAGAGCUUGAUGAAGAUAUGGAGGGUGUAUUACCAGUCUCUGGUGCUCUGAAAGAUAUAUAAAUACUCGAAAAUCAUAAAGAAA